UCAUCACCCACCACCGACGAUUGCGCAGGAAGACACCGACAGGUCAGUACAUACAAGGCAGCGGAUAUCGAGAGCUCGCAGAACGAGAAAUAGGAGGGCGAAACCCACGCUGGAGGCCAACACAGCGCGCAAGCACACAAAACAUCGACAUCCUGCCUGUGCAGUCUGUCUGGUCACCGUCCGUCCUGCGUCAAACUCUGCAGUCUCCGAAAUCCCUGGCAUCCCCAAUAUUGAGGACGAGCCGUUGCUAACCUGGCUUUUUACAGUCUUUCUCAGGAACCGCAAUCAUGGGUAUCUCACGAGACUCUCGCCACAAGCGCGCCGCGACUGGUGCGAAGAGAGCAUACUAUCGCAAGAAGAGAGCUUUCGAGAAGGGUCGCCAGCCCGCCAAUACUCGUAUUGGCGCAAAGCGCAUCCAUCUUGUCCGCACCCGAGGCGGCAACCGCAAAUUCCGCGCCCUACGUCUCGACUCCGGCAACUUCUCCUGGGGAUCUGAGGGCAUCGCCAAGAAGGUCCGCGUGAUCGCCGUCGCCUUCCAUCCCUCCAACAACGAACUCGUCCGCACCAACACCCUCACCAAAUCGGCCGUCGUCCAGAUCGAUGCUGCUCCUUUCAGGCAGUGGUACGAGGCACACUACGGAACACAGCUAGGCCGUAGGAGGCAGGUCAAGGGCGCCGAGAAGGAAGAAGAGAAGAAGAGAAGCAAGUCGGUUGAGAAGAAGCACGCUGCCCGUGUCGCUGCUACUGGCAAGGUCGAGUCAGCGCUCGAGAAGCAGUUCGAGGCCGGUCGUCUCUUCGCCGUCGUUGCCUCGAGGCCCGGCCAGAGUGGUCGUGUCGACGGAUACGUGCUUGAGGGUGAAGAGUUGGCGUUCUACUCCCGUGCUAUCAGGAAGUAGAGAAACAACGAAAUGGUCUCAGGCGAUAUCAAUGGGGUCAUUUGGGGAUAAAAGGGUUGAUUUGUGUAUCUGGUCUGCAUUACCUCCAGUUCAUUGCAAAUGGCCUAGGCAAGAGUAAUUGCCGUUCUCAAUGAUCCUUUUUCUAUGGUUCCACUUUCUGCUUGUUUAAUGUGCCUAUUAAUGCUCCGCUUAGCAUAUGUCAUAUUUCCUGGUCCAAUCUUGGAAUCUUCGAAUAUUUCAUCGCCUUGCAUCUUCUACCAGCCCCACAGACGUGGUUGCAAAGCGUGCCUAGGUAUGUUGAUAUUACACAUUCGCUUUGGCGUGUGCAAACCUUCA